AUGGGCGCGGAGAACCUGACCCUGCUGGACGGCCUUUUCUUCCGGCCGCUCUGCGACGGCUGGACCAACGGCACGGAGGGGGCCUUCUACCACCUGGGCCACACCGUGCUGUUCCUGGGCUACAUGGGGGGCAGCGGGCCCUACGGGUGCCUGUUCAUCUUCGGCCUGCUGUGCCCCGGGUUCCUGUGCCUGGCGCUGUGGGGCUGGAUGAGCAUGUGCGGGCCGGACGUGUUCGGCUGGAACCUCCUGCUGCUGAUGGCCGGCCUGGCCCAGGUGGGCCACCUCCUGGUGCGUCUGCGGCGGGAGGGAAUCCGCGGCCAGCAGCUGGCGGAGCUCCACCAGGCCGUCUACGCGCCGCUGGGCGUCCCCGCGGGCGUCUUCAAGGAGCUCGCCAGGGCCUUCGAGAGCAGGGCGGUGGAGCUGAAGGCCGGGGAAACCUACGCCGUGGAGGGCAGGACGCCCAUCGACCGACUAUCCUUCCUGCUGUCCGGGAGGACGCCCAUCGACCGCCUCUCCUUCCUGCUCUCCGGGAGGCUGCUGGCUGAGGGAUACCUUUGUAACCGGGACAGGAAAGUGGAGGCUUAA